AUGAUCAAUGCCAUUAAUGAUAUAUUUCCACAUGCAUUAGUUAAAGGAUGUCAUUUCCAUUAUGCACAAAACAUAUGGAAGAAAGUUAAAAAAUCUAAUUUAGUAACAUUAUCAAAAGAAGAAAAUAUUUGUCGUCAAAUAGCAAAUAUUGUAGCAUUACCAUUAAUACCUCCGAAUGAAGUUUAUAAUUCCACGGAGAAGAUUAUUGAUGAAUUAUGUGAUUAUGAUUCAAAAUUGUAUAAAUUAACUGAUUAUGUUUUAAAAAAUUACAUUGACGAUGCUCGAUUUUCAUUACAUAUGUGGAAUCAUUUUGAUACUAUUGGUGAAAGACCACGUACAAAUAAUCAUUUAGAAGGUUAUCAUCGACAAUUAAAUGCAAGGGUAAGAACACAUCCUGAUCUAUGGACGUGGUUUAAUGAAGUCAAAUCAUCAGGAGAAUCUGUUAUAUGUCGUUAUGAACUAGAACAAGCACAAAAACGAACAACAAGACCAAGAAAAGCAAAAUAUACACAAGAUGAUAAUAAACUUAUGUUAGCAAAAACAAAAUAUAUUCAAGAUGAAGAUUUCGACGCCUACCAAAAAACUUUACGAGCUGUUUCUCAUCGCUAUAUUCAUGUGAUAAAAGAUGCUAAAGAUAGUAUUGAUGAAGAAUAUUUUUUUUUUGUUAUUUAUUUUUUCAUUAAAUAUUUUUUUCAAUUCAAACUGUUGAUUACUUGA